AUUUAAAUCUCAAAUGUCUCUCUGAUAUGACACUCAGGUUCAGUUACCACUGGCUCAAGGGUGGAGAAAUGGCUCCUCUGUCAUUCAGACAGAAGCUGGGCCUCCCCGCCUGCUUAGAUUUUCCCUUCCUCCCCAUUCAUUCACUCCACACUCUGCGUUCCCGUGUGUUUAGCACCCUGCCAGAAUUUACUAUGCGAACAAAGUGGUACCGAAGUGGGACAAAUGAAAUUCAUUAGCAACCCUCCAUCUCCAGGAGAGAACAGCAUUCAGGAAGCAUUUCUAGGUAGGACCAGCUCCCUGGCCACAGCACCCGCGGAACCUCACUUGCAAGAGAAGGGGGAAGAUUUCAUGGUAACACCAGAGACUCAGGAAGAGGAACUGAAGAGAACAGUGUCCUAAGGCCAUGUGAGGUGUGAUGACCCCCCACUCCCAUCCUCAGUGUAACUGCUAAUACCAACAAAUGUUUAAUUAGCAACCUAACUGAGAAACAAGAUACUAGCCAAGAAAAAUCUAACCAACUGUGGGCAGGGUUGAGGCAGAACCGGAUGUCCACAACCUCUAACAGAGAUCAAAGGGGUCCGUGGGCAGCAACAGACAGUUGCUCGAGGACUCCAGGAAGGCCUCAGGGUUCUGAAAGCCAAAGUAAGUGAACUUGAACUGACCCUUCGCUGACACACGUCGGUUCUCCACAGACAUGCUUUGAUGGUUUAAAAUAACCCCAGAGAGUUUGUUCCAUCUGUGUCACCUAAAUUUGGGUACAAACAUCAGUAUGCCUUUGGCACUAACUACCUCUGAGCUGGCCAACAAGAAAGCGGAGCCUCUGGAGUCAUAAUCAAGAGGACCCAGACAGUGAGCAGAAGUUCGAGUCACGAGAAACAGGGUCCUGGAUUUUGCCCGCCAGCUUGGGUCACUGAAUCAGGCCACUGCUCUGGCCCGCUGAGACCAUUUGGAGCUGGAUUGCAUCAUGCUUCCCCUCCGUACAUUCACACAGAUCACCUCAAGGCAGCAUCUGCAGGGUCCCUAGCUGAGCGUGGUCUCAACCUGGCUGCAGGUAGAAGCCCUCGGACAGUUCCUAGUGAUCCCGACACUCAGGCUGCAUGCAGCCUGGCAUAGCACAAGUCUUCAAGCUGGGGUCCUGCCAUCCUGGCGUUUACAGCUCGUCAGGCCUUUGGACCCUGGAGUACAAGCGGGAGCUCACCACGCCGCUGUGCAUCGCUGCGGCCCACGGCCACGAGUCCUGCGUGAGACACCUGCUCAGUCGCAAAGCUGACCCGGAUGCUAGCCCCGGAGGUCGUGGUGCCCUACAUGAGGCCUGUCUCGGGAGCCAUACUGCCUGCGCUCGGCUGCUGCUGCAGCACGGAGCAGACCCAGAUCUGCUCAGCUCGGAGGGCCUGGCACCCCUGCACCUAUGCCGCACACCAGCCUCGCUUGGGUGCGCUCAGGAGCUGCUGGAGCACGGCGCGACAGUCCAGCUGGAGGGUGGCCCCAACCGAGACACACCGCUACACGUGGCAGCCCAGCGCGGCCUGGACAAACACGCGCAACUCUAUCUGGGCUGUGGCGCGCGCGUGGACGCGAGGAACGGCCGCGGCGAGACGGCCCUAAGCGCAGCGUGCGGAGCGGCGGCGCGGAGCCCUGAGGAGCACGCGCGCUGCCUGCGCCUGUGCGCGCUCCUCCUGCGCGGCGGCGCAGCGACAGACAUGCGGGACGAGGACGAGCGCAGCCCGCUGCACAAGGCCUGCGGCCACGCGCGCCCCGGCCUGUGCACGCUCCUACUGCGGAACGGCGCGGACGCGGACGCGCUCGACUACGGUGGCGCGUCCCCGCUAGCGCGCGCCCUGCAGACGGCCACGUGCGCGCCCCCGACAGCGCCGCAGCGCACUGUCCAGGCGCUACUAAAUCACGGAUCCCGCUCCGUGUGGCCUGAUGCCUUCCCCAAGGUGCUGAGGACAUGUGCGCCGGUGCCCGCUGUCAUUGAAGUUCUGUUCAACUCCUACACUCAGCUCCGAGUGUCCGAGUCCUGGAGGGAGGCCAUCCCUGAAGAAGUAUACCAGAUGCACAAGCCUUUCUACAGGUCUCUCUUCGCCUUGGCACACACCCCUCGCUGCCUGCAACACUUUUGCCGCUGUGCCAUCCGAAAACUCUUUGGCAAGGAGUGCAUUCACCUUGUGCCCCAGCUACCGUUACCCGAGACCCUGCAAAAUUACCUGCUUUUGGAGCCAGAGGGUGUUUUGCGUUGAAACCACUUGGGGUCCAGCUUCUCCAUCUUCGCCCUUCUGCAGAGGCUCUGUGUGAGAGACAGCACCCUGGUAUGGGGGUGCCUAUCCACUCCCUUCCAUCUCCCAAGUAACCAGGAAAGGCACAGGUGCACAAGCCUCAAGUACACCUUGACAUGGAAUUGGUAACUGUUAACUGCAGCUGGCGAACACUGGCUGCUCUUGCAGAGGACCUGGGUUCGAUUCCCAGCACUUACCUGGUUGUGCACAAUCAUUCACACCUCCAACUCCAGAGGUUCCAGAGUCCUCUAUGGGCAUUGCAUGUACAUAUAUGCAUGCAGGCAAAACCUUCAUGAAAUCAGAUAAAUAAAUGUUAUGUUUUAUAUGAAA